AUGUGCGCUGCGUCAUCCACCUCCAAAAUCUUGAAUCUUGGCGUCAGGAUUAGCGUCGGCGUCGGCAUUCCUGGAACGAACGAACGAACGUCAGUCAGUACAACAAAACAUGUGACAAAGUUUACUUUGUCCAUCACAUUUAGCCAUGACUGGAGCAUUGUUGGUGCAGCUGCACACAUCGCUGCCACAUGCAUUCCAGCGAGCGGCGGUCAGUCGGGGCUACUCUCACGCCCUUCUCCAUCCUCUUCGACAUUGUUGUCAGGGGCGAGCUUUCCGCUCCAUCCAAAGCCCCUGCCUGCGUAUAACCUCACCGCGGCCCAGCGCAUCUUGGUAAUGAGCAUAGCGCCAUUUAUAUACACAUCUCGUAGAUUGCGAUUGUCUGACAAGUCAUGCAGGAACCCAUCCACUACCACUGCUCUUCAAUCUUCGCGUCGACAUGAGCGUCUACUUUCGGACGACUUGAAGCCGAAGCAGCAGCCCGAUGAGCGUGAGCAUGCCGAUCAAAAGCAGAGUGGUCAAGCAUCUCCCAAGAAACCGGUGCUCCAAAGUCUGGAAGCAGCACGAGAGCACACCAAAGCCGUGCGAAAUAAAGUCCGCUCCUCACUCACCAACUUAACACCACACGAGAACAUCUACAAUCUACCCAAUUUCCUCACCGUCACUCGACUGGUCGCUGCGCCCGUAACAGCGUAUUUGCUGCUGCACGACCACCAUGCAUGGGCUCUCGGACUGUUUGCUUAUGCCGGGAUCACGGAUUUGGUCGAUGGCUACUUGGCCAGAAAAUGGAAACUGCAGACUGUCGCAGGCAGCGUGAUGGAUCCCAUGGCUGAUAAAGCAUUGAUGAUCAUAUUGACAGUGACUCUUGCUGUGAAGGGUGCCCUCCCCGCAUACCUAGCGACUUUGAUUCUUGGGCGUGAUGCAUCGCUCGCACUAGCGGCGCUCUACUAUCGCUUUGCAUCAUUGCCCGCGCCAAAGACGUUUAUGCGUUAUUGGGACUUUUCGCUGCCCUCUGCGGAGGUGCAUCCCACUACAGUGUCAAAGUACAACACACUCCUGCAGCUCGUUCUCAUUGGAUCCACCCUCGCCUUGCCUGUAUUGGCGACGGCACAGCAACAGAACACGGAGAUGCUUCAGUUCAUGGGGAUGAAUUUGCACAACACCAUGAUUUAUUUUCAAUGGCUUGUCGCCGGAACAACUGCCUGGAGUGGCCUCAGCUAUGCCUUUCUCAAGAAUGCCGUCACUAUAAUGGGUUCGGACGAGAAGCUCAAGGCAAAGCAAGGCGCCAGAGGUCGAGCCAUUAUCGGGGUGACAUUUGGGAGCGUGGUAAUUGCCGCUGCGUGGUUUGCUUUGAGAGACCAUGACAAAGUUGUACCAGACAACAAGGCGGGAAAGAAGAUAGAGCAGCCUGUAUAA